AUGUCUUCUCAAUACGAAGGCCUCCUCGGAAAGUCUGAAUGGACCGAGAUUGGAGGGAUUUGCAACUCAGAGACUACAAUUCAACAGCAGCCCCGAGUAUAUCAAACCCUGGAAUGGCUUGCUUCCACAGCAAAACAAUCGCUGUCAAGGAAACGGAAUAGUCGAAUCAACAAACUUGGGAAGACCGCAUGGCUCGAUGGACUUAGAGGAUUUGCAGCCCUCCUCGUCUACUUCUUGCAUCACGAGGUUUGGGCUCAUUCGAGUCUGAUCCUUGAGAACGCGUACGGGUACGACAACCAGUACUACAUGGCGUGUCUGCCCGUGCUACGAACAUUCUUCUCUGGGGGGCAUUUUGCCGUGUCGGUAUUCUUCGUCAUCUCAGGCUAUGUACUUUCGAUCAAGCCCAGAGAUCUCAUUUAUUCGGGUGACCACGAGAGACUGGCUGAUAGUUUGGCAUCAGCACUUUUCCGCCGAUGGCUGAGGCUCUAUAUUCCCGUUAUCUGCACCACGGCAAUAACGGCCUCGAUGCCCCAUAUCUUCGGGAUAAAGGCCAACUUCGCACCGGAACGGACCUGGCGAGAUGAGAUGUGGAAGUGGUAUUGUGAAUUUAAGAAUUUCAGCUUUGCAUUCCGCCUCGGUGGUGAGCCGUGGUUCAGCUACAGCUUCCAUGUUUGGUCGAUACCAUUUGAGUUCCGGGGUUCAAUCUGUGUCUACACUGCUCUUUUGGCAUUCUCAAGAUGCACCACAUCCGCGAGACUUUGGUGCCAGGUUACCCUCAUCUUUUAUUUCCUCUACAUCGCCGAUGGGGCGCACUUCGCCAUGUUUACGGUGGGAAUGCUCCUCUGUGACCUAGAUCAUCUUUCUGAGCAGCAAAGACUUCCAAAAUGGACGUGGGGCUUAAAGAAAUUUCAAAAACCAAUCUUUUAUUUCAUGUUCAUGCUGGGUAUUCUCCUCGGAGGCUGCCCUUCCCACCACCUCGACAUUCAGGUUUUGAACGAUUCUCCUGGUUGGAGGCACUUGGCGUUCCUCGUUCCACAGGCAGUCUUUGACUAUAAGUGGUUCUUUCUCUUCUGGAGCGCCACGUUUACUGUCGCCUCCAUUCCGAAAAUACCAUGGCUCAGGAGCGUCUUUGAAUCCAGGUUUUGUCAGUAUCUCGGCCGUAUAUCUUUCGCUUUCUAUCUGGUUCAUGGACCUGUACUAUGGACAUUAGGCGAAAGGCUAUACGCUGCUACAGGGUGGAGCAAGGACUGGCAAAUCAAUGAGAUACCUGGCUGGAUCGACCGGUUUCCAUUACCUCGAGUUGGGCCGCUUGGGAUGGAGCUGAACUUUCUUGUACCCCAUCUUAUUCUCUUGCCGGUGACCUUUUGGGUGGCAGAGAUUGCGACCGCAGCCUUCGAUGAGCCCAGCAUUAAUCUCUCGCGGUGGCUCUAUAGCGUGGCUACCGCGAAAGGAAGAGGGGGCCAAAAACACGAAUGGAAAAGUGUGAACGGGGUUGGCCUGAAGAGAUAA